GGUUCCAUUUCUAUCGAGUUCCGGAAGUGUCCCGGUGGAUGUCGCGGGACUUUGCGGGACGCAAUCUUUAUCCGGUACUGCACUCGUCCGGUAACAUGGAUUGUUUUUACGUCCAAAAAUAAACACGGCUGCAUUCUCGUUGACUUUCCCACGCUUGCCUGUAUUUGAGAGACGAGGUAGGCAUAUGAUUGAAUGCGUGUUGCGCACAAAGAGACGAAGUGAACGGUCAACGGUAACUUUGAGGUUCGAGGAAAAGCUUUCACGGAGAGGAGAGUGUUUUGAAGUCGCUUGAAGUCAACUGUCAAAGCUUCUAAGAAAAUACGUUCUACAUAGGAUCCAUAAAAAAUUGUGAUCCUGAAUAUUAGGUCGGAAGUUCAUCUGGGGGGCAAUAAAGAAGAAUAAGAGCACGCCUACGCGGAAGAUGGUUGUCGUGAGGAUCGUAAGAAAGUGAGCGACUCGAUCAGCACAUCAUCAAGUUUAUUGUGUAGGUACUGUGACCUUCGGGUUAGAUAAUCAUUGGGCACAGAAGUAGAAGAGGAAAGUGAUGACUUCAAUACUCGGAGACCUCAUAUAAGUAGAAAAGAAGACAAAGAGCGACGUUGCAGUCAGGACGAAAAAGACGACUCUAAUUCCUUUGAUCUUCUGCACGAAAAACCUAUUUUCGGCUAGGACACGACACUGCGGAAAGAGAGAAACUUGUCGUGAAUCUUCCUUGCGCGAGAUGACUGGCAAUUCUUUCCCGAGGCAGUCACCAGGGUGAUCCAGUCGCUAAUAUUGUGCCACAAACACGAGAGUUCUCGAAAGAACGAAUCUGACGAAUCUUGUUUAGGAUAGAUAAAUAGACAGAAUGAUGGACGCAGGAUUGUAUACAUUCAAACCAUUUGUAUUUACCAAGCCCGUGGUGAACGGGACGGAGCAGCCAAAGGCCCGAAGCGGCCACCGGAUUGCUUGCGAUCAUCGGAACCUAUACUCAUACGGCGGCUUUAAUCCAUGUGUAUCCGAUACCGACCCUGACAUGCGUGAUGAUCAGAUGUGGAGUGCUAGCAAACCACUGUUCAAGGAACUAUGGCGUUUCAACUUUGUCAGCAAGCGCUGGUUGCGGCUACCUGGUCAGGAAAAUAUGCCAAAUGAACUGGCAUCGAAUGCAGUGAUACUGUGUGGCAAUACACUGAUGGUGUAUGGUGGCACCGGUGUGCCGUUUGGCGAGAAUUGCAGCAAUCAGCUGUACGUAUGUAACGUGGACGAUGGCGCCAUCAACGCUGUGCCAGCCAUAGGCGAGCUACCUGAACCUCAGUAUGGGCAGGCACUAGUAUGCCACGGUUCCUAUCUCUAUACAGUCGGUGGUACUACUGGUUAUGAAUAUACCUGCGACAUUCACCGCUUCGAUCUGAGAAGAGGCAUCUGGGAGGUAGUAUAUAUUUGCACAGGCAAGGAUGAAUCAGAGCCAUAUGGCAGAUACAGGCACGAACUUGCUUUUGACGGCAAGAUGAUCUAUGUUUUGGGUGGUGGUACUUCGAAUGAAUCCUAUGGUUUCUUGGAAAUACCGGCAUUUGAUUUGAAGACUAACAGUUGGAAGAUUUUGAACACGCAUGGCGAAACUGAAGAGACUAUGGUACCGGCGCCACGACGUUGUCAUGGUUCUGUACAGUACACAGACGAGAUGAACGGCAUUACUUCGGUCGUCAUAUCGGGCGGUUACAAUGGUGACCGAGUAUUUAAUGACGUUUGGCGACUUAAUCUUAGCACAUUGCGAUGGACACGCUUGCGAGAAUGCAUCCUACCAUGUCCAGUGUAUUUCCAUUCGGCCGCGCUGACUCCAGAAGGUCGCAUGUACAUAUUCGGCGGUAUAGUUAAAAUGAACAACAAGGUGAAAAGAACAAACGCGGUUUACUCUGCUUGGCUAACAAUUCCUAAAUUGUCCGAGAUCUGCUGGCAGGCGUUGAAUUUUUAUUGGGAGGAUUUGAAAGACGCUUCACCGGACAAGUUGCUUAGCAUGGGGAUACCAUUAAAUUUCGUACAAAGACUUGAAUUCUGCGACUGGUGAACGAUUAGUUUCCUCGAUAUCUCUAAACUCUCGAAUCAGAUGUUUUUUACGCUAUACGCACUUUAAAAUGUUCGGCCACGCUUCGAUCAUUCGAUAUUUAGAUUUAUAUAGAGGUGGUUCAACUUUUGAAAUUUUUUAUUUUUUCGAGAAAUGAUGAAGUGUCGAAUUCUCGUAUCUCUUGUUGCAAUAGAGGAGUUCUUCCUGUUAUAGAACGAUUCGAGACGCACUGAUUACAAAAUAAUGGCAGCAAACAUGGGCUGUUUUCCAACAACGUAUACAGGUGACAUAGUGUAACACUGCCUUACACAAAGUAUUCCAACUAUAACACAUUGCUCGACACAGUAAAAAGCUAACUACGAGCGUGUAAAAUAUGUCAAUGUUACUAAUUUUUCAAAAAGUCAUUUGGUAGCCGUACUUACUUUGCAAUGAAACCUUCGCCGAAUAAAAAUCGCCAAUUCUGAAAAAAUUAUAACUUAAGUCUAAAUAAAAAUCAUAAAUCUAUUGAUACGCUAAAUAUAAUUGUAAAAAUAGAAUGGAAGACUCCAAUGCAUUCUGGUAUUACACUAUGAAACUAAACUUGUUCCAACAGGUACUUUACGCAGUGGAAAUGUUUCUGUGUCCCAGCUGGAAAACAGCCAUGGAGAAUUGGAUGUGCAUGCUCGAUUAGAGUUGUCAAGUUGUUUUACUAAAAAAGAGAUUAAGCUUUUAAAAAUUUUAAAGCGUAAGAGCUGCGUUUAUAAACUCAGAUUGUUGACAAGUUUUCCAAAUCUCAAGUAUAUGAAUGAUGUGCAGAGAGAGAGGGGGGGGAGGGAGGGGGGGGGUCAAGAAUGGCCAAGAAAAGGUGGGCAAUCCUCACGAGUAGUGAUUGCAACAUUAGUUCAAAGACUUCUUCUUAACUGACCAAUGGAUUUCUGAUUCUCAAAUUAGGAUCGCAGUACCAUAGUUUCAUUGAAUCUCAUUGAAGUAUCAAAGACUUCUAUUCUACACACAUAACAUUCUCGCCAAAUUAAUAAAAAUGUCAGCAUGUAAAGGAGAAAUAUUUGGAAAAACGAUAUAUAUUAGAAUUAAAAGUAACACAUAUAAUUUUAUCGCCAUUAUUAAAAUUCCUGACGGAAGUUGAGCCAUCCUUAUAAUUUUUGAUGGAACUUUUUUAUUACUUUAUUAUAGUAAUGUAAAUGAUCAAGUAAUUUCACAUUGUAUAUUACUAUUUAUUAUAUUUGUGACAGCUGUAACUUAAUAGCACAAAUUAUUGCCAAAAUACCAGAUCUUUCUUCUUUCUUACAUUUGCGAUCCAAUCUGACAAUUAACUUUAAAUUACUGAACAU